AUGGUGCAAUUUACAAAAAUCAUCAGAUUUAGAGGUGAAAACAAACUGACAGAAAACUCCAGUUUGCCGGCAGCAAAGUUGAUCUUUCCAUUUAUUUCCAAAUUUCAAUUCCAAGCGUCAUCUUUAUUCUUUAAGACGUGUCUCCCGGUUUCAAGCCAAUCCAAUUAUUGAAGCGUUAGAGACAACAGAACUUUGAAAAUAGUUUGUUUAGAUUAGAAAACAAAAAGUUUUAGAACAAACGAUUCUUUUUUAUGGAAUUGGAAUCUUCUUCUCUUGAGAGCGAUGUUUUAGUUCUUUCAUUUCUUAGUUAAUAGAUUUGUAUAAUUGACUUUUUCUUCAAAUAAUGUAAAGAAUCGAAACUUUUUCGAAAACAAAUGAACAUGUUACUGCUGUUUUUAUCUAAUUAAAAUUUUACUUGUCGUGGAACUUCUGAAUGCGAAAGCUCGUUUAAUGACUCAAGAGUUACUAUCAGCUCGUAAAUAUUUGAAUAAAUACUUAAGCUGCUUUAAUUUUUAAAUCGGGGAUUAAAUUUCGGAUGAAAAUCGGAAAAUAAGUAGUUUACUUCGAAUUUAAAAAGGAUGAUUUAAAAAUGUUUCAAAAUUCGACGGAAAUCUACCAGGAGUGCUUACACUGUGAAGAUAACUCUUAUCGUCGAAGUUUAUAUUUUAACAUCUUUGGAAGCAUCUUAUCAGCAAUAAUCGCAUUGGUUGCGGUUAUAGGCAAUGGAGCAGUUACUCUUGUUUCUUUUUGGGAUCAAAACCUACGCAGUCAAACUGGAAACAUUCUAAUCGUUUACUUGGCAGUCACUGAUAUCUUCACUGCUUUGUUCAUAAUAUUCCCCUCCUCUAUUGCGGUAGCCGCUGAUUACUGGCCAUUGGGCUCUGUUUUCUGCAGAAUGACAACGUGCUUCAACUGCAUGUUCUUAUGUUCAUCUUCAUUUAACAUUUCCCUUGUCAGCUUAGACAGAGUAAUAGCUGUCUUAUUUCCACUAAAGUACGACACUUGGAUUUCUGUCAGUGUCUUGAUAAAUGUCCUUAUUUGCCUUUUCUUGGUUACUGGAAUCAGUGGUUUAGUUUGUGGAGUACCCGGCUGGUCUUUAUACAAGUACACUGAAGGUACUUGUGCAAUAGAUUACAUCAAUGAUUUUAGAGUGGCCUAUCUAUAUACUUAUGGGUUUUCUAUGUGUUAUGUGCUUCCAGCUAUUUUAGUUGCCAUUUGUUACAUUAAAAUCAUAAUAGCGGCAAAAAAAUCAGCUAAAGUAAAUCCACGAAUUUUCUGCAAACGAAAUGAAGAAAAUAUAGCUAUAAGUCAGGCCUCACACACUAACAAAACUGUGAAGAGUAUGAUAGUUGUUGUGUGUGUGUAUUACUUUUGUUACACUCCUUAUUGUAUUGCGAAUGAAACUAAGGUAUUAACAGGUAAAGAUAUGCCACCUUGGCUAAACUAUAUGUCAACAAUACUAGUUUAUGUGUCUUCUGCUGUUAAUCCCUUCAUCUACGGUAUUUUGAGAAAAGAUUUCCGUAAUGCUUUUAGGAAACUUCCCAGAAUGAUCAGAGAUAAAAUUUUGUAUUUUAGGAUUUAAUUGCACAAAAUACAAAUGAACAGUAGCAUUUACUAUAAUAUUAUAACAUGUGGUAUUCCUUGAUGAACACUCUACCCCAGACUGCUAAGGCGUUCACAGCUCUAAGUUUUUCUUACAAUAUUUUUUUUGUAUUUAUUUUAAUUUUCUGAAAGAGCAUGAUGAGAAUAAAAUUUGUAACGUUUCACGGAUAGUCAUCAUCAAAAUCAUCUAAUCCACUGAUUUUAGUCACCGAAUCACAAUUUGUUUACACAGAAGACUACUUUCGUUUACCCUUUCAGGUAACUUUGUUACUUGUUGCCAGAUGUCGUAGGGAUCAGAUCUGCAGCAACUUCAGAUUUCAACUCAUUUACAUACAUAUUUUUUUGAUAAGUAUUCUGAAGUUUAUUAAUGCAAUAAUGCAUUAAUUUUGGUUAAGAUAUUUCUAAGCAAAUGCAUUUGUGAGUAUAAAUUACCCCUGUCACUCUGGUUGUUUUGUUAAUCUCAUGUUUUUUUUUGUUGUCAUAGAACUGAUGUUUUGUUAAUCUCAUGUCUUUCGUAAUCGUGCUGAUAUUUUGUUAAUCUCAUAUCUUUUGUCAUAGUGCUGAUGUUUUGUUAAUUUUGUUUGUUGUCACUCACGUUUAGGCAUAUUCUUCAUAACGUUGGUUUUUUCAAUUUGAGUUCUGCUAUAAGUGUAUGUGUAAAUCUUCCCUGUCAUUGUCACUCACUUUUGUGUUUGCCAGCUUUGUUUGAAGUUGACCUACUAUUGUCUUACAAUAAUAAAUGAACCCGCAUCUUUUGGUGUCAGUGUCUACUG